CAGUGUUUUGCAUCUGUCGUCUCCCACCCGGACAUACGCGUUCGUGAGGAAGGAAAAACUUUGGAAUCGAAGUAAAAAAGGGAAGAAAAACAAUGUCGACCGAGUGUCCUCCUCCUAUUCGUAUUGGUAAACGUCAGCCUCUUGGCUUGGAUGACGCUGCUGGGAUUCUGGAGCGUUAUAUUGGCGUCUUGAGCAAAUUCCAAGACGACAAAUCCGGCAAUGAAAGCAUUGUUGCUCAACUGAACCGCGUCUGUGCUUUCCUUCAAGGAAAGGAACUUCCUUUGCCAGUGAUUCCUCCCACCACAACCGAAAUUGUCGCCGAAAAAGCCGAUUUGGAGGUGGAAAAUGAAAAAACCAACCUGGAGUUGAGCAACGCUGAGGCUGUCUCAGCAGACGCAGACUCGAGAAAACAUGCUCGUGAGGACGACGAGUCUCAGCUGAGUCGUGAGGACCGCAAACGGCUGAAAAAGGAGCGUAAGAAGGCCGCCAGACGCGAAAAGGAAGAAUCCCGGAAGAAACAUGAAGACAAGGACGAGAGUUCAGAAUAAAGUUCGUUUACCGAGAUUUACCGAGUUUCUGAAAUUCCGCGAAAAUGUACUAUAACGCGCCGUAACGCAACACAAUGAGGUUUGGGACACCGCAGCGUAUCUUAUAUAAAGUUUAUUUUAAGCGAGAAAAUUGUAAAUGACAUAUUCGGCCGAAAACCCUGGGGGCUUCAAUCCCUGAACCUUAAUGCUAUUACUGUCGAUCCCUUCGCUU